AUGUCAGGUAAGGCACUUAGCCACGGCUCGUCCCUAGAGAAUGGCCUGCAGGUCCAGCCAAUUCUUCCUCAGUCUCAAACUGAGGAAAAUAAAGAUGGACGACUGGCGGCCCCCGAUGGACAACCAAGGGUGUACAAGCGUCGCUGGAUUAUGGUGUUCCUGUUCUGUUUUUACUCCUUAAGUAAUGCUUAUCAGUGGAUCCACCUUAACAUCAUCGCUAACGUGAUCAUCAAGUAUUACAACGAGAGCCUGCCUGAAGACACCUUUAAAAGGGAGACUACUGUGGAUUGGCUGUCUAUGAUAUAUAUGUUGGCGUACAUUCCACUUAUUUUUCCUUCCACUUUCCUGUUGAACAAGAAAGGAUUGCGAGUUGUGGCUAUAUGUGGCUCCUUUCUGAACGCACUCGGGUCCUGCCUCAAACUAGCAUGUGUUUCACCAGACAGAUUUCCAGUAUUGAUGUUCGCUCAAACCGUUUGUGCAAUAGCACAGAUAUUUAUUCUAGGACUUCCGGCGCGGAUUGCUGCCGUUUGGUUUGGACCAAAUGAAGUGUCAACAGCCACAUCACUUGGGGUGUUUGGGAACCAGGUGGGAGUAGCCGUCGGAUUCUUGAUCCCACCGUUAAUAGUGAGAAACAGCGAUGACCUGGAUGAAAUUGGAAACGACCUUUGGGCGAUGUUUAUAGGGACAGCUGUAGUCACGGGUAGUCUGUUCCUUUUAGUUAUUCUAGUUUUUCGAGAAAGACCCCAUACACCGCCAAGUAAGGCACAAAUGAUUGCAGUAGAAAAUGAAGCCAAUGAGCAUUAUGGGAAGUCACUUUUGAACCUGUUCAAAAACAGAGGUUUUGUGAUACUGACUUUAACAUAUGGUAUAAAUACAGGAUGUUACUAUGGUAUAUCAACAUUACUUAACCCGGUCGUCCUGCACUAUUUCCCGGGCGAAGAAGAGAACGCUGGCCUGAUAGGAUUGACCAUCGUAUUGGCUGGAGUAGCGGGGUCUAUCGUUGCUGGAAUAUGGUUAGACAGGACCAAAACAUUCAAGGCGACAACUCUAGGGAUAUAUUUCCUGUCCCUGGCGGGGAUGAUAGCAUUUACAUUCACCCUGGACCUCAGUCUCAUGUGGGUGGUGUUCGUGUGCGGUGGAUCCCUAGGGUUUUUCAUGACUGGUUAUUUACCAGUUGGAUUUGAGUUCGCGGCCGAAAUUACAUAUCCGGAAUCUGAAGGAACGUCUUCCGGUUUGCUGAAUGCUUCUGCUCAAACGUUUGGAAUUAUUUUGACGAUCAGCAUGCGAGCCAUGCUGUCCAAUGUUAGUGUUCUAGGAGCUAACUUGACUGUUUCUGGUGUUCUUCUUCUCGGCACCAUCUUAACAUGUUUUAUUGGUGCGGACUAUCGACGUCAGGCCGCUGGAAAGGAGAUCAUCGAAGAAUUAGACAAUAUUGAAUAUGAAGUUCCUGCUCCAGAGAAGAAAUCAGACGAACUGAGCGUAUUAUAAAAUGGAGAAAGGUAUCGGAAAAAAACCAUUCCAAAACUGGUCAGCAGAGUUAUUUAAUUGCUUUUGUAUUCAUUGGACUGUUGUACUGUGACACAUGUGUAGUAGUUAGAACACAUGGUA